UAUGUUGAAGUAGACUCAGUUUCUUUGCAUCGUUUCUGUAUUCGAUUUUUAAAUUCUUUCAUAACCCUAUUGAGUGUUUUUUAACUAAAUUAUCAUGGCUCGAAUGAACCGCCCAGCUCCUGUGGAAGUCACAUACAAGAACAUGAGAUUUCUUAUUACACACAAUCCAACCAAUGCGACCUUAAACAAAUUCACAGAGGAACUUAAGAAGUAUGGUGUUACCACAAUAGGAAGAGUAUGUGAAGCAACUUAUGACACUACUCUUGUGGGGAAAGAAGGCAUCCAUGUUCUUGAUUGGCCUUUCGAUGAUGGUGCACCACCGUCCAACCAGAUGGUUGAUGAUUGGUUAAAUCUUGUAAAAAUUAAGUUUCGUGAAGAACCUGGUUGUUGUAUUGCUGUACAUUGUGUUGCAGGCCUUGGAAGAGCUCCAGUGCUUGUUGCCCUAGCAUUAAUCGAAGGUAGAAUGAAAUAUGAAGAUGCAGUACAGUUCAUAAGACAAAAGCGGCGUGGAGCUUUUAACAGCAAGCAACUUCUGUAUUUGGAGAAGUAUCGUCCUAAAAUGCGGCUGCGCUUCAAAGAGUCCAGUGGUCAUAGAAACAACUGCUGCAUUCAAUGAAACGGGUGCCUGAUGCCAUUGCCUUGAAAGUGGAACUUGAGGUAGGACCUAAUAUGUCAUAUAUAUUAGCCAACAUGUUGGCUUGGUGAAUAAGUCUAAUGAAGCUUCCAAAAGAGGGUUGAAAAGCAGUUUUAUCGGGCCACAAGCUUGACAGAAUUGCAACCUCUAUGUUUGGGUUAUGAUCAACCUAUUUUGACACUUGGCAAGAUUCUUACUGUUCAGCAUUUAAAAAUCUGCUCAUCAUUUGUACCAAUUUACUUUUCCUGAAAUCAUGCAGUAUUGAGUUAUGUCUUUAAAUCUAUUCCCAUGUCAGAAUCUUACCGAUAUAUAAAAGAUUUAGAAAGAUUAGGUGCCAAAAUACCCAGCACAAUACUUGUAUAUUUUAGUUUCAUACAGAACUAAAAUCCCAGGAACUAUGAACACUCUGGACCUUAUGUGGUUUAUCCCUUCAGUCAUUUCAAACAUAGAAAGUAGGGCCUAUAUGUGAUUAUUUGCCUGCUCACUUUAUGUUUACAUCUCCCACAUUCAUACAAGUAUACAUCAGGUUUGCUCAGCUUUUUGAUUUUUAUACAAAGUUUUGGUUAUUAUUUAAUGUCUUUCUAUAAAUCUCAUUUUGUGCUGUUAUGGAAAGCCUCCAUUUUGAAAAUCUGAAUUGUAUAGAAGCACAUGUCUUUAAUGUCUCCAGACAAAAAGCCUUACAGUUAAUUUUAAUGUUUGCACUUAAUGUGCAACUUAUAGGGAGGGCCUGAGAAAAGAAUGAGAGGGGGCUAUUAAGUAUUUUUAGUAAGAUGUUGCCUUUGUCUUGUGUGGAACAUGUAGAAUAUGCUCUUUGGUAAAUAUUUUUUUAAAGGUAGACAUGCUUUGUUGUAGCUAAAACGAUUCUUAAUCAUAAAAAUUCUGAAUUCUUGUAUUUUUUUUCAUACAUUCUGAAGUUUACCAACUUA